AUGGCUCAUCCGCACCUCCAAAAGGUCCAUGUAAGGCAUGCAGCUGUCUUGCCGGCUGUCCGGCUGGCUGGCUCUCUGUCUGUCAUUCACUCAACACACACACACUCACACUCGCAGAAACACAUCAGGGCAGAAUAACGACAAACACACACGCAGCCACAUCCACCUAGUCACUACAUUCAGUCCAGCCACCCCACACACACUCACUUCAACAAACAAACACACCAAUACACACACACACGGGCCACAAGCAGUGUGCUGACAGAUCAGCUGCACUCAGGCGUGGAGGCAUGGAAGCAGACAGACAGGCAGACAGGCAGACAGACAAGCAGACAGACUGGCAGACAGACUGGCAGACAGACGAGGACGCAGAGAGGACGGCACAGCUAGUGGAUGGCACCUAUUUAUGUUAGUACAGCACCAUAGAGGGAAACGCACAUCUCCCUCCCUCCCUCCCUCCCUCCCUGGCUACUGCACCACGUGCAGCACCUCUAUCUCAUCCGCCAUGAACUUACCGAUCUCAUCUGACGCACCCACGCAUUGUCCCACUCAUUCAAUCAGUCAGCAGCUGUCUGUCUGUACGCAGACAGGGCAGGGCCCCUCGCCGACGCGAACACACUCACACAGACAUUCACACAAAUGCCUCAGGGCAGGAUAACGACAAACACACAGGCAGCCACAGCCACUCAGACGCACCAAAACACACACACACACGCAGGGGCACCAGCAGUGUGCUGACAGAUCAGCUACACUCAGAGGACAGGCAAACAGACAGACAGACAGACAGGAGGGGCGCAGAGAGGACGGCACAGAUAAACGGAAGGCUAUAUCAGUGCAGCACCAUAGAGGGAGAGGCACAUCCCUCCCUCCCUCGCUCCCUCUCUCCCCCACUACUGCACCACGUGCGUCGCGCGGCACCUUUAUCUCAUCCGCCAUGAAGAGAAUGGCCCGCCCAGAUGAACGACACGAACAACUCAUGGCUGGGUUACAUCAAAAACAGGAAUAGCGACAGCCACAGACAGACCGACAGACAGACACCCAUCUGCGCCGCUGACGAAAUGAAAGGGGCCGCCUGCAGCACCUCUAUCUCGUCAGCCAUGAACUUCAGCGACCCGCCCAACACAGGAUAGCCCUCCUCAUCCCUUCCCAUGUAGCCCUCAGGCAUAUCAAACAAGGACUGAUUGCAGCUGCGGAUGUCGGCAGCAGGCGGGUCAUUGACAGUGGGGCCAGCACCCAAAAUGAUACCUCCACCGAUGUACAUAUUCCCGCGCACCUCAUCUUCCUCCCUCCCCGCCACCUCCACCCACUGCCUAUAUUCUGGUAUCUCGAUCUUGGUCGGUGUGGUGAAGUGGCCGGCCAGUGAGAACCACCACACAUCACUGUCGUACUUGCGCCAGGUAGUCAGGUCGUCGGGCUCCUGGAUGUCGGCACUAAUGUAGACGCCAAACACAUACUGGUCCUUCCUGAUCACAAAGAUGAGAGGCUUCGCGUCGCCCACAUUGUCCAGCAGGUCGCUAUAGUUGGUGCCCUGGACAGACGUCCUUCACACACACACACACACACACACGCAGAUACACACAGACGGAAUCUGCCCAUUAGCUGUCAGAUGAUCCCUCUUGUUGGCAUGAUGUGUGUCUACCGGUAGAGUGAGGUGAGUUGUGUGGUGUCAUUGCCCAUGCCCAGCAGGCCGACCAGCGCCUCGUACUCUGACGCUGUAGGGUAAGGGACCUGCAGACACGAUCGUCAAAGGAUCGUCAAAGCAUCGAAAAAGUGGAUGGGCCGUGUCCAUACCUCUAGCACUUCUAUCUCGUCAGCCAUGAACUCCAGCGACCCGCCCAACACGGCAUUGCCAUCCUCAUCCCUCUCUCCCGUGUAGCCCUCAGGCUUGUAGAAGCUCAAGGUAUACUGAAGGCAGCUGCGGAUGUCGGCAGAAGGCGGGCCAUUGACAGUGGGGCCAGCACCCAACACCAGAUGCCCCCCGAUGAUCAUAUUUGCACCCUCCACAUUCCUCUUUCUCCCCGCCACACGCACUUCCUGCCACUCUCGAAGUAUCUCGAUCUUGGUCGGUUGGGGGAAGUGGCCGGCCAGUGAGAACCACCACACAUCACUGUCGUCUGAUGGUAGCUGGUCUGGUUGUCGGGCUCCUGGAUGCCGGCACUGAUGUAGACGCCGAACACAUACUCGUCCUUCCUGACCACAAAGACGAGAGGCUUUGCGUCGCCCACAUUGUCCAGCAGGUCGCCAUAGGUGGUGCCGUUGACAGACGCCCUACAGACACAGACAUACACACACACACAUAGACGGAAUGUGCCCAUUGGCUGUCUGUUGGCACAAUGUGGGUCUACCGGUAGAGUGAGGUGAGUUGUGUGGUGUCAUUGCCCAUGCCCAGCAGGCCGACCAGCGCCUCGUACUCUGACGCUGUAGGGUAAGGGACCUGCAGACACGAUCGUCAGAGGAUCGUCAAAGCAUCGAAAAAGUGGAUGGGCCGUGUCCAUACCUGCAGCACCUCUAUCUCGUCAGCCAUGAACUCCAGCGACCCGCCCAACACGGCAUUGCCAUCCUCAUCCCUCUCUCCCGUGUAGCCCUCAGGCAGAUAAUCGCUGCGAGUGGACUGCUGGCAAACACGGAUGCCCUCAAGAGGAUUAUUGUUGCCCAGCCUCAGCUCAUCACCGAUACGCACUGUUCGUCCAGAGAAAUCCAAUUGUCCCUCUCUCCCCGCCACAAGCAUCAGCUGAUCGUCUGGGGGUAAAUCCAUCUUGGUCGGUUGGGGGAAGUGGCCGGCCAGUGAGAACCACCACACACCACUGUGGUAGUAGUUCCAAUCGGUCCGGUUGGCGGGCUCCUGAAUGCCUUCACUGAUAUACACGCCGAUCACAUACUUGUCCUUCUUGAUCACAAAGACGAGAGGCUUCGCGUCGCCCACUCGGUCCAGCAGGUCGCUAUAGUUGGUGCCGUGGACAGACGUCCUUCGCACACACACACACGCAGAUACACACAGACGGAAACUGCCCAUUAGCUGUCAGAUGGCAUGAUGUGUGUCUACCGGUAGAGUGAGGUGAGUUGUGUGGUGUCAUUCAGCAGACCGACCAGUCCCUCAUACUCUGACGCAGACAUCGACGUGUUGCCAGGAGGGGACACCUGCAGGCCGCGCAACUGGACCUGAACACACGAGUCAGCCAUGGACGCCAGAGAAUCUGAUGACUGGGACAUGGUGUGUGUGUGGAUACCCACCUGUUGUGCGGGUAUUGCCUUCGUGCCGACCAUGGUCGACACCACACACAGAAUCAUCAUGAUGAGAACAGUCGCCAUCGCGUGAAGGGGAAGAGAUGAGCGAAGAGGACAAAGAUCCUUAUUUGUUGAGGUCAGUCAACACGAGGCCGUUGCCAGCCAAAGAGGACAGCGGUGGAGCAAGCUGACACCGAUUCGGUAGAAAGGAAAACCGUCGGCUUGAUAGAUCUCCUCUUGGAGCUCCACCG